AUGGCGCCCGCGAGCAGCACCGAGACGAAGCACAUUACGCUGCACAACUUCCUCAAGCAGCAGCACCUGCUGCAGCAGCGGCUCAAGCCGGCCGCGGCCGCCGUGCUCUGGAGCUGGCCCGUGCCGACCCGCGGCGCGCCCGCGCACGACGAGGAUGCCGAUGGCGGCGCGUCCUGGCCGCCGCGCUCCUACACGUGCGCCUUCUGCCGCCGCGAGUUCCGCUCGGCCCAGGCGCUCGGCGGCCACAUGAACGUGCACCGCCGCGACCGCGCCAAGAUGCGCGGCCACUACGCCGCUUCCGCCGCCGCCUCGGCGCUGGCGCCGCCUUCGUCCCCGUCUCCGGCCGAUGAGCCCGCCGUUGCGGCGGCGGAGUACGCGCUGAUUUACCCCGUGCUGAACUCCAACAAUGGCGCGCGGGGGGUGUUCAUACCGGGCGCCGGCGGCAACGUGCUGCUCUCGGCCGCGCCCAUGGAGCUGGGCCGCCGGUGCGAGCUAAGUGACGAUGAGAACGAGAGCAGCAUUGACCUAGAGCUGCGCCUCGGCUGGCCAUGA